AGUUGAGUUGUGUCCCUUGAAUAAAGAUGGCGUCUUAUUUUUCACGUGGAUAAUUUUAACUUUUUAUUAUUAAAAUGGAAGUGGACAUAAAUGAGUUGCGUGCUAAAAUUGGAUGUUUUAUGCAGCCUAAUAAGACUGUUUUUCGUUUGGCUAUUCUAAGUAUGCCAAAAAGUGCUUGUACAUUGUGCAGUUUAAUUUUGAGAAUUGUCACGUGCUUGUCACUUGUGUAGAUUUUGAGUGGAGAUGUGGAAUGUAACCCGGGACCUCAAAAAAUUGAUAAUUCUCGUGAGGCAGGCAAACAGAAACCUAGCCCUUGGGACCAUGGUGCCUCAGGUGGAGCCACAGCUGGACUUACGAACCAUAAAGGUGGUAAUGAUGGAGUUGUUACACGUCAGCGAUCGAUAUCAUCAUUUACUCUUUCUCAGCCCCAAUCGCAGGCUCCCGGUGAAAGGCGUAGUUCUUCAGCUGGCCAGUUUAACCUAGAUUCGGAUGUUGUAGAUAAUGCAAGUAUUUUUUACUUUUUGAGAAAUAUGAAAAGAGACCUUGAUAAACAAAAUGAUCGGGUAGUGUCCGAUAUCAGUCAGAUUAAUACAAAAAUUGACUCUAUGUUCUGCACAAUGCAAGAUUUGAAACGGGAUAAUGACACAUUAAAAAAAGACAAUGCUGAACUCAAGCGACAAGUUCGUAGUAUGAACUAGACUUGAUCGCUUUGAAAGUUAUGCUCGUCGCAGCAACUUAAGAAUUAAUGGGAUUUCUGGUAAAGUUGAUGAGAAAUGGUCCAUCACUUAUAAGAAGGUACGUGACUUUAUGCGUAAUACAUUGAACUUUGAUGAUCAAGCUGAUCAGAUUGAUAUUGAUAGAGUCUAUAGGUCUAAAUCACGUGAUGAGGAGGUAUCGACCAUUGUUGUGUGUUUUACAAAACUAAAAAACUGUGAUCUCGUUAUGAGGCGUGCAAGCUCUGUGCUUAGAUCAACAUCAGGUGUUUCUGUUCAACAGGACUUUACUGAUCGUGUUAGACGACACAGGAAAAUACUUGGCGUACGUAUGCUAUCUGAACGCCAAAAAGGAAACUAUGCUGUGGUUCGCUACGAUAAACUUUUCAUAAAUGAUACUAUCUACAAAUAUGAUGAUGACACCCAGAAUAUUGUGAACAUUGGUAAACGUAAAUUUACAAGGCGACCACGUGUUGGAACACAUGGUCAUGUAAACUCAGCUGGCGAUCGCACACCGAGAUUGGAAGAUUUCCAGGGCAAUUCAGAUGACGUCAGUAUAUUCGGAGCACGUGAUCAUCCAUAUGAUUUUUCUCAACCAGUGAACGCUUUGCCGACAUAUGACGUAGUGCAUUCAGAUACUAGUGCGGCUGAAUAGGGAUUAGGCCGAGGCAUACAAAAUGAUAGUUCCCAGACAAACUCAAAGCAUAAACAUUGUAACGUGGAAUAUUGCCGGUUUAAACAAAUACUCAAAUGAUAGUGACCUUAAAAACUUUUUGUUUUCAUUUGACAUUAUUAUUUUAUGUGAAACAUGGAGUAGAUUUAAGGGAGAAUUUGAUAAUUUUAAAGAUUCUUAUUUACAUUAUGAUUAUGUUAGACCAUUCCAUCCUGAAUCUUUACGUAAUAGUGGAGGAAUUAGUGUGUUUAUUAGCACUGCGUUGCAUAAACUAAAUGUUAUUGACCGCAUCUAUGAAAACUUUGACAAUUGUGUGGUAUUAUAUUUUAAAUUAUCCUCCAUUUUUAAUGCUAAAGAUGUUAUUAUGUACUUCACUUAUGUUUCACCUGAGGGCUCAUAUUUUUAUAAUGAUAAAUUAGAGAAGAAUGGUAUUUUAAGCAUACAAUCUGAUCAAGAAACUGUAAAAUUAGAAAAUCCGGACACGCUAUUAUAUUUGUCAGGCGAUACAAAUGCUAGGACAAAAGACUUUAGAUUUUAUACCAGUUGAUAAUUUAGAUUAUAUUUUUGGAGAUGUUGCCUAUGAGGGUAGCAAUUUUGACAUUCCACGUAACAAUAAAGAUAACUUAAAAAGAGACAAUUUUGGUAAAACCCUAGCAAAUCUGUGUGGCAUUUUUGUUGUUCAUAUUUUAAUCUUGUCACCAUUAUUAAGACUGUUCAGUAGAUUAUAUGUAUAGAAAAUUCAUUCGAAAGUGUACAAUACCGUACAGUUCAUUUUGAAUGCAUUUUUAUAUCUAUAGAUAAUUUUGACCUUUCCAAACACUGCAAAUGUAAAAGUAUAUAAAACUCGUAUCAUUUAAAGAUAUUUUAUUCUUCUAUCCAACUAGAAUUAGUUGCCUUAUAUCAGCAUAAAAGGUUUAUACUUUAUCCCAGAUAUAGCUUGAUAAUGUAUUAUUGAUAAACUAAGCCUAAUGAUAGAAUGGCACUACAUUAAAUAAAGAUAAAUUUUAUACUCGCAGCCUCUUGCCUACUUCUCCUAUCAGCAGAAACUAUCCUUUAAAUCUAGAUGAAAAUUAUGUAUAACUUUUAUUUAUACCAAUGAAGUCAGUAAAAUGUCAUCUAUUUGUGCCAAUGUAAUAAGUUGAAGAUGUCCAAAACGUUAUUUAUAUUUUAUAUAUUUUUCAAUCAGGUGACGGCUACGUAAUACAUCUUUCUCCACCCCCAUCAAAAACACCAGCAGCGAGGGAACUGUGUUCUGCAAUAGCUACUAGCAGUGGUGUCACUACCAUCAGUGAUGAGACAAUUAACAUGUCGCUGUUUGGCAGUAUCAAGGUCCGUAGGGACAAGUAAACAGACGUGGCGGCGGGUUCGGCAAUUGUUGUGAACAACGAGUGCGACUCUGAGAUGACCCCAUACCCAGGACAAAUCGUGGUUAAGCGCGCGGAAUCAAAGCUUGGAACGAAUGACUACAAUCCCUUGAAAUGGAAUUGUGAACACUUUGCCACAUGGUGUAGGUAUGGUAAAGCAGUAUCUAAACAGGUGCCAUUCAGUAAGGGCUUGUCCAACAACGCGUACUUGGUGCAGUUGCCGGGUAUCGAAGUCAUUCCGCAUGGGUCACUUCCUGAAGACAUUGGUAUUAAAGGAAAUAUAGCUGUAGGACACUUUAUUGGCGCUGAAGGCAUUCCGCCCGAAAGACUUGCUGAAAACAUGGCUGACGUAGGAAAUACAGUUUUGAGACUUGCACUUGGAAUUCCGCCUAUAAAUCAGCCUGGGUGUGCAAUCAUGUGAUGAAACAUUUCAAAGAUCAGACAGAAUAAGUGAAAGAGUAACAAGUUCAUCAAACAACUCCAAUCUAAAUCUAAAAUGAAGAUGCAUACCUCAGUUUUAUUUGCAUUUCCGGUCCUUUUGGGAAGAAAAGCAAAGAGGUAAACAUAGAGUCUAUGAAUUUGGAGUAAGGUCUACAAUUUAGGGAAGGUCUGACUUCUCGGUAUGUUAUCUAUGUCAUCACCAUCAACUGACAGCACACUGAUGUACCAAUGUUGUGUUCUAUUAAUAGCAUUUAACCCAGUCUCAGUGAUGUACCAUGUGACCUCGCUUCUUGCCAAAUUAUAAUUGUGAAGUUGAUUUGAAAACUUAAAGAUACCAACGCCGACCUUUAUACAGUUCCAAAUGUAUAUUGUAGUUUAUCUAAGUAAACAUCAUUUCGAAAUUGGAGGUCGAAAAUAAGUUUAAUCCAUACAUAUACAAAAGUUAAAACUCUGGUACAAUUUGAGAAACACUAACAGAACUGUUCGACAUUUGUUUUAUAGUAUUGUUGUUUGUCGAUAACAUGGUAGUUCAAAACAGCGAGGGUAUGGAUAUGAACAGAACCUUGACAAGACAAAGAAUAACAGGCUACUGUCUUUUAACAUCAAUGUUAUCAGAUCGAGGUUGAUAUGGGCUGGAACGAGUGAGAGAACCAAUCCCCUUCCGCCCAUAUCAUCCGAGACCUGAUCCAGACUCGGGUCAGAGAUACUUUAAAGUUUUUAAAAAUCACUAAAGGACCAUAUAUGAUAAGGGGUGUUUUGGGCACCCGAUCCAGUUCUGUUUUUGAAUGCAUCAUUAGAUUAUAAAAUAUGUCUAUUUUCUUGAUUUAGUUGUCAAAUAUCUUAAUAAAGUCAGUAUUUUUAGAAAAAAAAAUACUGAUUUAUAUAUACAUGCGUCCAAGAGUGUGAAUAUUUGGUUUAUGAGGGGGUAUGCUUAAAAAGUGCCAUACUGAAGUUAUUUUGUACUUAAAUUAGAACUUGACCUGAUCAUUUAUUGCUAAUACAGUGUACAAUUCAUUUUGACAUUUAAUACCCAUUAUAAUACUUGAAUAAGAAAAACAAUAUAAAGGGAGAUAACUCUUCUUUACUCAAAACAGCUGAAAAGUAAGGUAAAAAAUGUAUUUUCUCAAUUUUCCAAAAUAAAGACACAUCAAGAAAUGAUUAUUGUUUUAUAUCUAUUUUAUCUUAUUUUGUAAGUUUAGAACUUGU